UGACAAUGUACAAAUUCUCUACGGAGCCAAUGGUUGCAUACAAUUUUCUGAUAUACGCCAUGGAUAUAGUUGCUUACGUAUUUCUGUAUUCUUAUGUAGGCGAGCAACUGAUGUAUCAGUCUCAGUGCAUCGGCGAGGCAUUCUACGAUAUUAAUUGGCCAGAGGUGGAGUACAAUGAACGGAAAGCAUUGCUGAUGGGUAUAAUGAACGGACAGGGAGCUAUGAAGAUGACGGCUGGCAAACUUUAUACUUUCUCGCUUUUUGGUUUUAGCGGUAUCGUGAAGACGUCUAUGGUAAGUUUCACCAUGCUACGCGCCAACAUGUAAGAACACGGACGAAAGUGCGCAAUGUGAUUACAACGACUCUGAGCCAGCAUGCUAGUGAUUCUGUCUUGUACAUU